CAUCUUCAGUCAUUUCCCCAAUUGUUUAGAAUAUUAAAAACAUGCUAAGGAUCAGCUGUGCUGGCCUCCCCGCACUGUCUUGCUAAAAAAAAAAAACCCUCUCCCCAUAAUUUAAAUAGAUAUUAAUUCAAAUAAAUAGUGGGCUACUUUAGAAGUCUUAGGCAAUAAAUAGUAGCAAAGCUCAAAAACAGCCCAUUUGAAUCCCGUAAGCAGUUUCACAGCUGGAUAAAAGAGAAAGGAAUCUUAUCAACUUUCUUUUGGGGUUUUUUUUCCGUUCCUCUUUGAGAGGCUUCAAGAAAUCUGCAUGAUAAACCCACUUGUAAAAGGGAGAUUUAAAAAAAGCAAAAAUAUUCAAAGGAAGAGAGAUAGUUUUGCAGACGGGCUACAAACACAGCUCAUCACAAAUGCGUCUCAAGCACCAGAUCGUCAGCUUGAAGGCCACAACACUGAAAGACGCAAACCAAUGUAAGGCACCUCAAAGUAAAAGCAUUAGAGGAUGCCGUUAAAUGUUAUAUUCUUUGAAUUUUAAGGCCCCUCACUCCUUUGUAGCUUUUGGUAUUUUUCCCAAAAGGGAAAUGGGGCUCCCUGCCACUGAACACAAAGCAACAGUGUCUCCCAGUGACCAAACAGGCACAUCUUCGAAGCAACUUGGGUUUAGCAAAGAAUCUGACAGCUUUCACUGGCUUUGCUUAGCCAAUUCUCACCGCCUACUAUUUGUCCUGCUUUUCUUUUAAAAAAAAAGAGGAAAGGGGGACACCAUAUGGCUUCAAAAGCCUCUGUGCGCUUCCCCCUCAAUUCUAUACAAGGCUAGUCAAAUACAAGCAGUUGAGUUUGCAAUUCUGCCCAUAUAUGGAUUAUUGGUGGCUUCUGAUUGCCAUGGAAAAGAGAGAGAGAAUAAACAACGAAUGUUUUACAAAAUAGCUCAGUUGCAAUCAUUCACCGGUCGCUUUUUUAAAGCCAUCGUUGGCUAUUCCAGAUUCUCAAAUGAUAAGGUAUGUAUGCCUUCUAAUAUGCAUAUGAGAAAUGGCCAGAAGGCAUGCCACUUUAGCACUUGCUUUCUGUCCAACCAUAUUUGUAGAACAGCAAGGUACAGUUGGUGGGUGGAGAUAAGUGCGUCAUCAUUUUAGAAUUCAUGCAUUGCCACAAGCCGUCCAAAUCCAACCUCUCUUGAAUCCCAUUGACGCUUUAUCGGGUGCCAAUUUAGUAGUGAACUUUAGUUGACUAGAUUCUUGUGUGUAGGCUUGAGCAAUCAAUCUACAUUAUGAUAUAGUGUUAUCUGAUUGAAUAUGAAAAAUGUUGAAAUGAAUAUAUGAUAUUAUUCGGUAGCUGAAUAAUUCUUCUAAGUUAUUAACAAGAAUAAAAUAAAGCUGACAGUGACUGUGCUUAUGUUAAAUUAUGAGAUAUAUUACAAAUGAUUUACAAUUAAUUCUUUCUCUUGUUGCCAUCUUGUGUUCUUUAGGUCCCGAUCACUUUAGUUCCAAGAGUCUUGCUUUACAAGCCCAGAAGAAGAUUUUGAGCAAGAUGGCGAGUAAGACGAUGGCCAAUAUGUUGAUUGACGACACGAGCAGCGAAAUCUUCGACGAGUUGUACAAAGUGACCAUAGAGCACAUGAAAAACAAGAAAGAAGCCCACAAGGUUAUGAAAGACUUGAUCAAAGUCGCCAUCAAGAUUGGGAUUCUCUACCGAAACAACCAGUUCAAUGCGGACGAGAUGGAGAUCGUUGAGAAAUUCCGCAAGAAGCUGAAUCAGGCGGCCAUGACGGUGGUCAGUUUUUACGAAGUGGAGUUCACCUUUGACAAGAACGUUCUUUCGGGACUGUUGAAUGAGUGCAAAGAUCUUGUCCAUGAACUUGUAGAGCGGCACUUGACAGCCAGGUCUCACGCACGGAUCAACCACGUCUUUGAUCACUUUGCCGCUGUUGAAUUCCUCACUGCUCUCUACAGCCUGGAUGGAGAAUGCCGUCCGCACCUCAAAAAAAUAUGCGAUGGGAUCAACAAACUACUUGACGAGAAGGUCCUCUGAAACCCGACUUUCCAAAACUUUUAAAGAACAGAUCAAAUUAAGAGAUGCAAAACAGAGUUAGGAAAGGAAUACAAGAGCCUGCUUCUUCUUUUUAUAACCCACUCACUCCACCACCACCACCCCCCAGGUCAAAAUAUCUUGGUAACAAAAUACUUUUAUUCUGGAACAUGUGACGUUCCGUUUGUAAGGAAAAGCCACCAGAAGCGAGAUGUACUUCACCCCGCAAAUGAAAAGAAAGGUUUUCGCACAGAGAAUGGUUGACAAUGCAAAAGAAAUUGUGAAAAUUGGAACUCAGCUCUGCAAAAUAAACCUGAAGAUCCAUUUUGGAGAGGAAAUAAAACGCCCCACGUUUCCAUUGCAGAAGAAAACUUUAAAAUGGGAGAGAGAGCACCAAGCUUUGUUUUAAAAGAAAAACCACACAAUCGAAGUCGAAAAAUGAAGAACUGCAAAUUCAAGAAAAUCAAAAGCACAAACAAGAUUGCUUUUAAAGGAUAUAGUGUUUUCCACUGACAAUAAUGGAAAAGUUGGCGUAAUUCUCUUAACGACUCUAAAAGAGGAGCUAUUUUAAAAGUUUCAUGCCAUAAAGUCCUCACAUGUUGCUGCAGUUAGUACCAAAGCAAACGAAAUUCGGUUCUAGAACAGAGAAAGUUUGAAACUGACACUGGACUAAGCAGAUCCUUUCAGACAUCUUGUUAUGCUCAGCCGCAACAAGGGAUGUUCUGAAAAGGAGCAGAGACUCCAGGUAUGGUGGAUUUCCUUGGAGCCUUCCAUCAUCAGUGUUUGCUUGGAGAGUCUGCUUUGCUUGGAGGGUCACCGGGGAAAGAAUGGACAAUUGAUGAGUGGUAGACACCUUGGGUGGUAUGUAGAAUGAAAGGGGAACCAGAGAGAGGAACAGCAGAUGGCUGAAAGAAAUGGGCCAAGCCAAACUACAUCCAUGCUAUGCCAAAAAUAUACUUGGUAAUGCCCAUGUUGACCCAAGGAACCAACACAUGUAAAAAAAAAUUUUUUUACCAUCUCCUUGGAGAUACAAUUGCUUAAGUUUGCCCAUUUUUGAUAACCUUCUCCUCCCCAAAAGCAUUAUCAUUCUGGUCUGAUGGCUUACUUGAUUCACAAUUUCCAUUCAGGAAGCUGACACAACGGUAUAGCAAAACGUUCUAGUCAAGAGCUGAUAGAGAAUUAUUUCAAAGAGCAUCAAAAGAACAGCGGUCCCUUGUUAGAAAUGUUACUAAAGGACAACAUAUGUAAGGAUCUUGCUGAUGACUCCCAAAGUCCAUCUAUUAAAAAACUCAGUGAGUGGGCCUUGCCUACAAAUAUACAUGUUUCUAGCAAAAGAAAAUGCAUCAGGGGAUUUGCAGAGUAGCAACUGUAAGUUAAGCCAUGCCACAGACAAGAGUAUUUGCUUGUUUUCUGGUAAAUACUGUAAUUGCAUGAAAGCAGAUUUGAGUACUUCAAUUGCAUGAAGUGCAAGUUCGUACAAUUACAUUAUUCAUGACAGCGAAUACUGUAAUUGCAUGAGAGCAGCCUAAUUUAACUGCUUCAUCUUACAGAAAGUGACUUAACAGGAAUUAAAUCAGGUUGCGUACCUGUUCUUGGACAAGCCAUGUUUUUGCGUCAUGCUUGCUUAAUCAUCUGUGCCAAUGUAGCCAUUAUACCCCCCCUAGGACAAAAGAUGGCUUAAAGCACAACUUAAGAAACUUGAUUGAAAGCCUUGUUUCAGAGCUUGUCUUCAUCCAAUGGAAAAUUAGCAUCGAAUCUUUUUUGAAUGUACAAGAAACGGCCCGGUUCUCCAUAUCUACUCAACGUUGAGCAAAACUCUUUCAAGUUACUCACUGUGGCCAGACGCAUCCCAUUAUUUUCAGCCAGGCAGGCGUGUUACAGGCACAUAUUGGUGUUCAGACCUGGGACUAUUUUUUUAAGGAGUCAAAUGUCUUGCCAUUUAUAUUUAUAUGAGACUUGAGUAGCCUUAAACAUACGGAGGAGUAUUUAUGCAUUUCCCAGACUGGUUCUACGCUGUACGUUCAAUGUGUUUACUUUUAUAUUGGUGGGGUUACCAUGUAAAACCAUCAGUUCCACACUGUCUGUGGUGUUUGAGUCAGACGUAGUGUUUCCUUACCAUAAAUUAUACAUUAAAUGAUUUGUGAUGAAAAGAUUUUAUCUCCUCUGGAUGCUAUUGUAAUUUUAAUCCUUCUUGCUCACGUCUAUCUCCUGCUGUUUGGUGCCCUCCAAAAACAAUGGGGACUUUGACUACAAGAACCUUUGGCUAUGAGAUUUCUGAUAAGAAGUCCUUGCAGGUUUUACUCCACUAGUUGUAGCCUACUUUAGGGCAUCUCCAUUUCCAGGCCUUUGAGCCAACACUGUCCGAAGAUGUUCCCGCUGUCAGGUAGCCAAGCAUGACAUCAUACCGCAGCACAGAGUGUGCAGUGAAACACAGAGCGUUGUUACCUUCCCAUCGAAGUAGUGCCUAUUGAUCUACUUGCAUUUAC